AUGCCAAUGUGGUACCUCACAACGUCGACUUAUCGUGCUCCAUUUCCAACCUUCCCUGCAAAUAGAUCAAUCACUGUUGAAGUUCGUAUAAACUUUGCAAUAGCAUCCGAUGAAAUGGGUGAAGAUGUUCAAAAAGUAAUGCCGGAGUUAGAAUACAACAUGACAACGAAGGAAGUUGUGGCUCCGUUGGAUUUUCAAUGGAGAACUCGUUUCAUUGGAGUACGAAAGUUUGACGAUCUUGAACGAGAUCAUUCAUUGAAAGUUGAAGAAAAAGAAGAGUUCUUCGAUGUCUUCAUAUGCUUGGUUUCAGAAAAAGUAAAGCUCGUUAUUUCAAAAAAGCAUAUAAAUUUUGAUUUUGAGGACUGGAAGCACUAUUCUGCGACGCGUGUUCAGUUGGGAAUAGGAAAAUGGAACUUCGUUCAAUGGCCAGAAAAGUCGGAAGAGAAAGCAAAGGCAUCUAGUAGAAUCACGGAAUUAGUGUCAGACACACUUAUAGAUGUACCCCAUUUGAAUUCGAUUGUGAGGAGAGAUCUUCGUCAGAAAAUGCAACCAUGGCAAAUUGCUGCUCUCCCGCUUUCACAUCAGAAAAGAUUAGUAUGGGACUCAGCACCGCUGGCAACCAACUAUCAUAUUCAAGUGAUCCAUCUUCAUGAGAACACUGAAAUUCCAACUGAAUCACUUGAACAACAAAAACGAACAGCUGCUGCUUUGAGAAAAUUUGCAGAGAAAGUUCAAGGAGUCACUAGAGUUGAUGUUUCGAUUGAACAUUUAUGGGAUUUCGAACCAACUACACAAUUCUUGGCAAAAGACGUUCAGGAGAGAUGGACAUUGACACAUUCUGCGAUGGAAGAGUUAAUUAAGAAGGUGGAUGCUCAAAUGCAAACGAGUUUGGUACAAGGAACAGUGCUUCGAUUUGUAGUUCUGGAAACAUCAGAGCCCGUUGUGGUUCUCGAUGAAACUGGAGAAGAUAUUGAUGGAGUGGCUGUUGCUUCAUGGGGAGCUGUUUUACCUAGGAACGAAGCAACUGAAUCAAAGGCCAUAGCUGCUAUGAGAAUUCAAAUGGGAAUGGAUGCUGAACUCUUAAUUGGAUGGCACCGUCCUUCAGUUGCCCUCUGCCAGUGGGAGGUUGCUCGUGCGAGACUCCGUGCUUCUGUUGACAACGCCAUGCGAGCUGCCAGUGCUGUUCGGGCACUAGAUGAACUUGCACAUAAAAUUUCGAAUAUCGCAAUCAACGAUGACGUUGCUGGCAGAGCUACACGAGCUGUGAAUAUUCUGGACGAAGUUGUUCGUCCAGGAAAACGACUUGAUUUCGAAAGUCUACUCGAAGCACGCCGUCUUGCAGAUUCUGCAAAUUAUGACCAUUCUCUUCUUGCUAUGUUAUAUUUCCCAAUGGAUCAAAGAACAGCGGUUCUCAUUCCUCUCGCUGUUCCAAUCGUUCUACCUAUUUGUAAACUUAUUUUUGAAAUCAGCAUGGAAGGUCAGCGUACUCAAGUUCCAGAAGGUGGUGAACUGGUAUGCUAUCGGAAUGAAGAAAAUCAACACCUCUUUCUGAAAGUCGAAUACUCGCGGGAAACGAUGAUCAAACUUUCAUCUUCGAUUCUUUGCCACCAGCGACCCACAGGACUCAAACAAAUAGCUGAAGAGAUGCCUGAACUGCUAGGACUACCCCAUCCAAUCCCUAUGACUGCAUCUUCGCCAAUUCUUGAACACUCGUCUAAUCAUAAAAUCAAUUCUUAUCACGAACACUCGCCAUGUCAUCUGUUCAGUCCAGUGCGCGGACCUGUUACGGAAGCUGAUGAAGCGUCAAGAGUUUUGAGUAACCAGCGAGAACUACAGAAACGGAUUCAACUGAUGACAUUGCAAGAAGAAUUGACACCUCGUAGAUGCUUGAUCGAUUGCUUCGACACGUCUUCAGUUCUUGGAAUUUGA